AUGUGGAUCGACAUGAAGAUUCGGACCCACGACUUCUGCACCGAAGGGUCAAAAGUAACCAGAGCACCAACAACACCCACAACGAAUGCAUUACCUGCACUGGAUAUACCGAGCACAUCUAUGCCUCUCGGCCACCUCCCCUGCGAGCUAUUCCUCCUCAUCGCCAACUUAUGCGACACCCAGUCCUUGGUCCGAUUGACACAAACAUGCAAAGCCUUCCACGGCAUUCUAGACGCCGAAAAGAUACAGCGCGGGCGGAACGAAGCCCUCCUCCCAGCGGACGUAUACAAAGAAAGCUAUUUUUACGAAGAGCACCAGAUCCCCGGCAUAGACCGUCCAAUCCGACUUGGCCUUGGCGCCACUCCAUUCGCCGUCAUCCCACCACUACCGUUAUCCCGUCGCGGAUUUAAUAAUGAAGGCCGGCUUGUGAGUGCGGUCCAAAGGGGGAAAAUCCACGGCGUCAAAGCCCUUCUGGAUAUGGGGGCGAAUCCCAAUUCAUACGACUGCAGCGGCGUAUGGAUUCUUCAUACCGCGUGUCAUAAGCAGGAUAUGGAGAUGGUGAACCUGCUUCUGAGGUACGGAGCCGAUCCCUGUCUGAAAGACAUCACGAAACCGCAAGUGGCGCUGGAACAUGCGGCGUGGGAUGAUAAGAUAACACAGCGGUUGAUAAUGGCCGGCACGGAUUUGAGUGCACCGCGUGAUAUUGCGAGCAUCGUCGUUCGGAACAGUAUUGAGACGAUUACGAUGGCACUAGAAAAGUGGAGGGAUGUGAAGGCGGCUCGCGCGGACAGGCCCUCUCUGGUGCAAAGCGCCGUUUUGCGCGGAGACGAAGAUGUCUUGCGGGUGAUUCUUGCUCAGCCCGAAUCCAGGGAUAUGCUGAAUGACAUUUCUGUUUUUUACGGGACGGCUCUUCAUGUGGCGCUCAAGAACAAGAAAGAGAAUCUAGCGUUGAUUUUGAUAGCGGCAGGGAUCGAUGUCGAUAGCAAGGGUCCUGAUGGGAUUACAGGUCUCCAUGUGGCAUUGCAGCAUCAGUGUUUCGAUGUGGCUCGUGGUUUGAUUGAAGGUGGAUGUGCUUUGGAUUGCCUUACUUUGGAUGGUCAAACUGAGCUUCACUUUGCUGUUAGGGUGAGGUCGGCGGAGAUGGUUCGUUUGCUGCUUAGCAAGGGGGUUGACGUCGAUUUGGCAGGACCACAUGAAAGGACUGCAAUAUAUCGUGCGAUUCAGGCGGCGCAUGUAGAUAUCAUUCGUGCAAUUCUCACGGAGGGGCAUCAUCGGCCGGAUCUGACUGUCAAGGACCACCGGGGGAGGACACCGCUUGAGUUGGCUGAACUUCUGGGCAAUGAAGAGGCGGUGCGUAUGUUAGUCGAAUAUUGA